UUGAGAGAUUGUGAAAAUGUUAAGCUUAACAGUAAAACCAACAAUGGCGACCACGGAGUAAAAGGGAAAGCCAAAGCAUUCCUGCUGUUGUAAAAUUGAAAGAUAUUUUAAGCGCUGCUGCUCUGUUAACAGCGUGGAGAAAGUGAAGCAGAGAGCAGCUAGAGAGAGACUGGGACCAUUACUGCAUCCAGUCUCCAAUCAGAAUCGAUUGAAUGUUACAAAGUGACUCGCAUAAAGAUAGAAUGGAUCUAGAUUUUCUUCUACACGCCUUAGUGCCUACUUGGAACUCUGUAGCUAUAUUAGCUGUGUUCUUCACUUAUUUGGCGAUCGUUGGAUCUAUUCUACCGGGUAAAAUUGUCCCCGGGGUUCUCUUGUCCGAUGGCACUCGCCUUCGUUAUCGCUGUAAUGGAUUGGUUUCACUUCUAUUGCUGGUUACGCUUCUCGGGGUCGGUGCUAAGAUGGAUUUCAUAUCGCCUGCUAUGAUAGCAGAUAGAGGGCUUGAGCUGCUGUCAACAACUUUUUUAUUCAGUUUUCUGGCAACAUUGAUGCUCUAUAUUGCUGGUUGCAAGUCCUCCAGUCAAAGUUCCUCUCUGAAGCCUCAUUUAACAGGAAACCUGAUAGAUGAUUGGUGGUUUGGGAUACAACUCAAUCCUUGUUUUAUGGGCAUUGAUCUCAAGUAAGUGGUCUCGCCUUUCUUUUCUGGACCUUUGUGAAGUAUGUAAUAAAUUAUUCCAUUUCUCUGCACAUUAGCUGUGUAGCUUAUAAGUGGCUCCUUAAGCCAGUCGAUGAUUCUUUACCAAAUAUUCUGUGCGCUCUAUGUCCUGGAUUACUUCGCUCACGAGGAGUACAUGACCUCUACAUGGGACAUAAUUGCAGAAAGAUUAGGUUUCAUGUUGGUGUUUGGAGAUCUAGUGUGGAUUCCUUUCACUUUUAGCAUCCAGGGUUGGUGGCUUUUAGGAAACAAGGUGGAGCUGACGACGGUUGCAUCGAUAGCAAAUUGCUUUGUCUUUCUAAUUGGAUACAUGGUUUUUAGAGGAGCUAAUAAACAGAAACAUUUGUUCAAGAAAAAUCCAAAAGCACUUAUAUGGGGCAAACCUCCAAAGGUUGUUGGAGGAAAGUUGCUUGCAUCUGGUUAUUGGGGAAUUGCGCGGCACUGUAACUACCUCGGGGACCUGCUGCUAGCUCUCUCCUUCAGUUUGCCUUGUGGAAUAAGCUCCCCAGUUCCUUACUUCUACCCUAUCUAUCUUCUUAUUCUGUUGAUAUGGAGAGAACGAAGAGACGAAGCUCGCUGUGCGGAGAAGUACAGAGAAAUUUGGAAGGAGUACCGCAGACUUGUUCCUUGGAGAAUUUUACCAUAUGUUUACUAGCAGCAGAGCAGCAUGGUUGUCCAGCCAAUAGGCCUCUUAGCUUUGGAAUCCAUCUUGAGCCCACUUGCCCUACCGCGUUUCCGGUGGCUAUAAAUUGAAUUUUGAUGAAAUUAGUGGCCAGAAAUUGACAUCAGUUAACUUUGUAGUUCAUUUUUCUAACAUAUAUUGUUAGUGGAGGACAUGAGCCUGUAACAGCUCUUUAAUUUAUUUAUGUUGGUUUUGUCAAAA